UUGACGCACCAGCGCACCUUGAACUCGUAGUGAAGCAGAAGUUUGGACUUUUCUCCUCUGUUUUCCCGUCUCAUGCUAAACUAAGCCGUUUUCUGAAGCAUGUCUGGGCUUCCUCGGUUCCUCCGCUUUUCGCCCUCAAACUCGGAGCGGAUAUGGCGCAGAGGAAGCGCAGAGAAGUGCGUCAGUUUUUCUUCCAGAGCCAACUUUCUGCGCCCCGGUGUAGCCCACCCGGACAGCAGGGGCGGGUCCAGGUGGUACAGCGGCUGCAAGCCGGUCCGGAUCGGCUGCGCCUCCGGGUUCUGGGGGGACACGGCCACGUCAGCCCCUCAGCUGAUCUACGGCGGGAAGCUGGACUUCCUGGUGUUCGACUACCUCAGUGAGAUCACCAUGUCUCUGCUCACCGCCGCCAGAACCAAGACGCCUAACCUGGGUUACGCUCCGGACUUCGUCCAGGUGGCUCUGGCUCCGUUCAUCAACGACAUCCACAGGAAAGGUAUCCGUGUCGUCAGCAACGCGGGCGGAGUGAACCCGCUGGCCUGCGCCGAGGCCAUACAGGAAGUUGUGAAAAAGGCGGGGCUGGACCUGAAGGUUGCCGUGGUGACCGGUGAUGACCUCAUGCCCAGCAGGAGCCUCCUGUCUGAAGUAAAGAUGGCCGACGGUGGCGGCAGGCGGCCGCUGCCCAAAACGCUGCACAGCAUGAACGCCUACCUGGGGGCCGAGCCGAUCCGCCGCUGCCUGGACCUGGGAGCCGACGUCGUGGUAACGGGGCGCUGCGUGGACAGCGCCGUGGCUCUGGGGCCGCUCCUGCACACGUUUGGUUGGAAAAGAGACGAUUACGACUUGCUUGCAGCAGGAAGCCUUGCAGGUCAUCUGAUCGAGUGUGGAGCUCAGAGCACCGGAGGGAUCUUCACCGACUGGCACCAAGUCCCCGACUGGGACAACAUGGGCUUCCCGGUGGUCGAAUGUUCCUCUGACGGAUCCUUCGUUCUCUCCAAGCCUCCAAAAACCGGCGGCCUGGUUUCCUUCGGAACCGUCGCCGAGCAGCUGGUGUACGAGAUCGGCGACCCGCGGAGAUACCUGCUGCCGGACGUCAUCUGUGAUUUCAGCCAGGUGGCGAUCCAGGAACUACCCGGUGCAGACGGAGGGGCCGUCAGAGUCACCGGCGCCAGAGGUUUGGCCCCCUCUCCUGACUACAAGGUGUGUGCCACCUACAUGGACGGGUUCAGAGCGACGGCGGUGUGUCCGGUGGGAGGGCCCAGAGCGGCCGAGAAGGCCCGGCGCACCGCAGACAGCAUCAUCAAACGGACCAGGAGGAUGUUUCAGCAGAUGGGACUGCAGGAUUUUAACUCGGUUAACGUUCAGGUUCUGGGAGCUGAAGACACUUACGGCCCAAACGCUCGCAGAAAAGACUCCAGGGAGGCCGUGGUCUGGAUGGCCGUCCACCACAAGCAGAAGAAAGCUCUGGAGGUCUUCUCCAGGGAGGUGGCUCCUGCAGGAACAGGCAUGGCUCCUGGACUCACCGGCAUCGUGGGCGGACGACCCAGAGUGUCUCCAGUCCUGAAACCGUUUUUCUUCCUACAUCCCAAAUCCCAGAUAAAGGUCAACAUCCACGUUGCUGGAGAACUGGUAGAGUCACUUACCGAACCGGACUCACCUGAGCAGGUGCAGGAUGAAGCUCCUCCCACCUCUCAUCAGGACGCGCCGGACACAGACCUGCCCAGCGGACCACACACCUACCGGCUGGAGGACCUGGCAUUCACACGCAGCGGGGACAAAGGAGACUCGGCAAACAUCGGAGUGAUCGCUCGCCAUCCUCUCUACUUCCCUUACCUGAAGAAACACCUGACUUCUUCUGUGGUGGAGGACUACUUCUCUCACCUGAUCGAGCCUGGAGUGCAGAACGCCGUCACACGAUACACUCUGCCGGGGAUCCACGGCCUCAACUUUGUCCUGACGAGUUCCCUGGGAGGGGGAGGGGUGGCCUCGCUCCGCAGCGACCCCCAGGGAAAAGCCUACGGACAGAUGCUGCUGGACCUGAGGCUGAAGGGACUGCCAGACCUGAAGUCCCUGGUGGACUGAACGUCCCACUGAGAGACACCAAGGUGGACACAAACAUUUUACCUCAACAGGAACACAAAUGAUCAUUUAACCUUCAGAUCAACUGAAAUACAAAAACUAUUGUUUAUAGCAUGAAAUUUGGCACAGACUCACCAGACUUUGGUCCACAGAGGAAACCAGAGACAAACUCUGCUGACGUAUGGAGUCAGGUUGGCUUUGGAUGACCGUUGUUCAUGUUGGACGGCUCAGUUUCAUGGCAAAUUAUUCAAAGCAAAGGUAAAGUCAGGCUCUGAAACUUUAGGGCCAAAUUCACAAAGUUCAAAAUAUGUGAGUUUCUUUUUGCCUUGUUGAAAUUAGGGAGUAAACGAAAGCUUUAAAAUAAAUUAACUUCACUGUCAAAAGAACUGAAGCGUCUAAAAUCAAACCCAGCAUUAAUUUAGAUUAUUUUAUUACCACUGAGCUGCAGUUAUUUCCCACCGGAGCAAACAUUAAAUCUGAUCAAAGGCAGCCAUUGUUUCUGGUGGAAAAAAUCAAACCGUCAUCAGCGUAAGUGAUAAUUCACUCAGAAUCAGCAUGGAGGAUUGAAAUGCUGUGGGAAUUCACAGGAUACACAAGAUCCUGAUUAUUACAAACAUAUUGAUCCAGAAGAUGCUGGUAAAUCAGGUAAACCUCUGCAAACUGAAGGUGGUGGAGAUAAUAGCAUGUUUAGCUAAUCCUGAUUUACAGGUCAAGUCCAGA